AUGGCCAACACAAAUGAACUGCACACCGUCCUUGACGGGGCUCAGGCCCAGCUCGACUCCCUGAAAGAAUCCCUGAGAAAUCUGCCCCAGGUAUCUCCGAGAGAGAGAAACGCCUUUACUCUAACCCAAUCCUGGUUGGACAAGGUCCGCCAGGCAACGCGCACGCAAGCCCAGGCCAACGAUGACGAGAACAGCCGCCUCGCCAACGAGGCCCGCCGGCUGGAGCAAGAGCGACAACAGCUCGAAUCCGACCGGCUCUCACUGGGCACCGAGCGGCAGAAGCUCGAUGAGUCCUGGAGCAAGCUCCGCACUGAGCAGGACAAGCUGCAACAGCAACGACAAGAUGCUGAUCGCAGCACGCAGGCAGACGCCAUCCGCGACCUCAAACGGGAGCUCAUGGAAGGCCUUAGCGCGUCGCAGAACGCCAUCGCCGACAUGAUCACUACGCGUAUGCAGACUGACGCGCAGGAUAGAAACCAGAAGCUCGAUGCCCUGGCAUCGAGCAUUACCGAGGGCUUCGCCAAGACUUCAACGUCGUUGGACGUCGGAGCCGCCCAGCAUGCGCUCAUCACUCACAUGGAGAGCGAGGUGAUCAAUAGGGACCAGCGGCUCGAUGCCCUGGCAGCGAGCAUCACCGAGGGCCUUGGCAAGGCCGUAUCAAGCGCUGGCAACGCCCAGGAAGUUUUCGAGACCCGCAUGGAGACUGACAAGCAAGAUAGGGACCAGCAACUCGACGCCCUGAAAGCGAGCGUGACCGCCGACGUCGAGAACAUCUCCAAAGGUCUCGACAAGAAACUCGACUCGUUCAAGACGGACGUUCAGACAGCCGUCCAGGCAUCGGCCGAGGCUGUCUCUAACGAUCUGAGGCGAGUCGAGACAACCGCCGGCAUCACCCGGCAACAAACCCAUGGCAUCGCGUCGCAUGUCGAAGUCAUUCGCGGCCAGAUCGACCACCUCGGUACGGUCGUUACCGAAAACGAGCGCAACCUGGCCUCUGAGAUCGACGAGGUCACCGGCAAGGUAGGCGACCUGUCCGUCAAGAUCCGCGACGUGGAGGGCGUCGCCGACACCGCGCGCGACGACGGCGCCCACAGCCUCGAGGCGGCACGGGAUCUCUGCAAGACAGUCGAGACCAUGUCGACUGGUCUCUCAAAGUGGCUGGGCGAUAUGAGGGAUGCGCUCGUCGCCAAGAUUAGCGAGAGCCAUGUCGCGGCUCGGGAUCAAGCCGCGACCGCUGCGCAGAGCCAACUCAGUGGGCUCGAGGCCAGCCUCAUGCCCAAGAUCGAGGAGGUACUGCGUUCCAUCAAGGACGACGCAGAGGCCGAUGAAACGCUUGGCGAGACGGUCGCUGCCCUGAGCCAGGCCGUUGAGGCCCUCGAAGUGACGUCGUUGGGUCAGGACGCCGAGCUUGACGCGAUACACUCGGGUGUCAGGUAUCUUGUCAACUUCCUCGAGCGCAUCUACCGCGCGCACGAGAAGCUCCACCGCGUGCGAGAGUCGACCCCGUCGCUGAUAGAGGAGCUGGACCCCCGCGCCGCAAUGCCCGCAGCAACUUCCGACGGCGGCGGCGAGGCCUCGGCCCACGACCCUUCCUCCUCCACUGCAGCUGCAGAGGGGCCCUCUGCCCCCGGCUCCGCUGAGCGCCAUUACUCCCGGCGCGGCUCCCGUGGACAGAAGCGGUCCAUGAUCUCGCGAGAGGGCGGCUCCGAGGUUGAGACUAGCCAGUGGGACGUGCUGGUGUCCCGCCUGAAUACGGUCCUCAGCCGCAUCCCCUUCGACGUGGGCGAGUCGACGGCCGAUCCCCUCGCCGUGCUCAUCCGCCUCGCCCCCUUGCUCGCCCGCGAGGGCCCGCAGCGGCGGCUGACCGAGUUCCUUGAGGAGGGGCAGCCGGGAAUGGCCCUGUGUCUCAAUGGCAUAUGCCGCACCGGCCAUAACGACUUGCGCCUCCUGGACUCUUGUUGGUGCGAAGCCCAAGAGAACCAGGAUGGUAAGUACAAGUGCCUCUGCAUUGAAAAAGUCGACGACAAGCCUUAUGGCGUCGUCAAGCUCAGCUUUGACUAUUUCAGAGAGUUUUCCUAUUCCUAG